AUGACUGCCUCAAUUCAACCAACUUCUUAUUGGCUUAUCUGGUCUUUGUUAGUCGGACUAUGUCCUGUCGUGAUUUCAAACAGCCAAUUGCUCAAAUCACCAAACACAGGAGAAAAAGAAUUAACAAAAGAAGCGUAUCUGGCGACACUUGAUCCAGAGAUUAAGAAAGCUUAUGAACACGUAGAGUUUGAUUCUCCUGAACAGAUAGACAAAGCCUUCGCCGAUAUUUUGGCACUUCAAAACAAAAAAUCAUGGAACGAAACCUAUACAAGAAUAAAAUCAAAAAUAGUUACAAAAACAAAGAAGAAAAUAAAUGAAUCUGUGACGCUCAACAUCUAUAGUCAAAAGUCAAGCAAAUCUCGUCCAGGAUUGUACUGGAUUCAUCCGGGAGGAUUUUUUUUUGGUGAUACCGAUUAUGAAGAUUUUAUGAUGCAGCGAAUCGCAGAAGAACUCGAUUUUGUUGUUGUGUCAGUUAACUAUCGAUUGUGGCCUGCUAAAUACCCAGAAAUUUUUGAGGAUUGUUAUGCAGGAUUGAGAUAUGUAUGGGAUAACGCUGAAAAGUUAUCUAUCAAUAAAAGUCAGUUAGCAAUUGGAGGUGCAAGUGCUGGUGGAGGUCUUGCAGCUUGUUGUGCUUUACGAGCUCGUGAUGAAAAAAAUGAUAAAGAAGAUAAAAAUCCAAUCGAAAUUAAUUUUCAGUGGCUCAUUCAACCAAUGUUAGAUGAUCGAACAAACUUGCCGUCAACAGUUAAACUUGGAUUAAGCCCAGGAUGGCCAUCCGAAGCGAAUCGUCUGGCAUGGAAGCAUUAUCUAGGUGGAAAUUAUAGCAAAGAACAUCAUCCAUAUGCUGUAGCCUUCCGAGCGGAAGAUCUUAAGGGACUUCCGAAAACAUUUAUUGGAGUUGGAUCUGCCGAGAUAUUUCGAGAUGAAAACAUUAUUUUUGCUCAAAGAUUGCUUGACGCUAAUGUUGUUGUCGAACUCAAUGUUUAUCCUGGUGUUACUCACGGUGUGGAUAAUUAUCGAAUUGACAAUCCGUUCGACAAAGUUGCUGAAGAAGUUCGAGAAGUCAAUUUGAACGCUUUGAAAAGAGCUUUUAGACAAUAA